ACUCUCUGCCCCGCAGCUUGCGAAGGGGGCUCGGGACUGCUUCCUGUGGGUGCCGGGGAUCUCACGCUGCCUUCCUCCUGCGGUUAAACUUACACUGGAACGGCAAACAUUCACUGCUUUUUUCCUGACAGAGGAGCCAUGAGGUGGGGCUGGCUGCUUUUGGGGGGCCUGCUCUCGUUUGGGGGGCUGUGCUGGGGGGAGAAGGGCCUGGAGAUCCCCGAGUACGACGGGCAGGACCGCGUCCACGACCUCAACACCAAGAACUACAAGUCCGUGAUGAAGAAGUAUGACGUCAUGGUCAUCUACUACCACAAGCACGUGCCCGAGAACCGCAUGGCCAAGAAGCAGUUCGAGAUGGAAGAGCUGGCUCUGGAGUUGCUUACCAGCCCUGUCGCCCUGACGUACCAGCUUGCUGCCCAGGUCCUGGAUGAUCUUGACGAUGAAGACAUUGGGUUCGGCCUUGUAGAUGAAAAGAAGGACAGCGCUGUGGCCAAAAAACUGGGUCUGGAUGAGGUAGAAAGCAUCUACAUCUUCUCAGACAACGAGAUCAUUGAGUAUGAUGGCGAGCUGGCUGCAGACACGCUGGUGGAGUUCCUUUAUGAUGUGAUUGAGGACCCUGUGGAGAUUAUUGAUAACGAGCGUGAGCUCAAAGGGUUCCAUAACGUGGAUGAGGACAUCAAACUGGUGGGCUACUUCAAGAGCGAGAAGUCUCCUCACUUUGUGGAAUAUGAUGAUGCAGCGGAGGAGUUCCACCCCUUCAUCAAGUUCUUUGCCACCUUCGAUUCCAAGAUUGCCAAGAAGCUGCACCUGAAGCUGAACGAGGUGCACUUCUACGAGCCCUUCAUGGAGGAACCCACCAGCAUCCCAGGGAGGCCCUACAGCGAGGCAGAGCUCGUCGACUUCAUCGAGGAACACGACAGACCAACCCUGAGAAAACUGGAGCCUCACAGCAUGUAUGAGACCUGGGAGGAUGACAUUGAUGGACAGCACAUCGUAGCUUUUGCUGAGGAGGACGAUCCAGAUGGUUUUGAGUUCCUGGAGAUUCUGAAGGAAGUGGCACAGGAGAACACAGACAACCCUGAUCUCAGUAUCAUCUGGAUCGACCCGGACGAUUUCCCUCUGCUUGUCCCCUAUUGGGAGAAGACCUUCGACAUCGACCUGUCCUCCCCUCAGAUUGGCGUUGUGGACGUUGAAGACGCUGACAGUGUGUGGAUGCAGAUGGAUGAUGAGGAAGACAUGCCCACUGCAGAUGAGUUGGAGGACUGGAUCGAGGAUGUGCUGGCUGGCAGGAUCGAUCCCGACGAUGACGAUGAUGAUGACGACGAUGAUGAAGAAGAUGAUGAUGAAGACGAUGAUGAUGAGGAUGACGAAGAUGAAGAUGAUGAAGAUGACGAGGAUGAAGAUGAUGAGGAUGACGACGAUGAGGACGACGAUGAGGACGAUGAUGAUGAAGAUGAUGAUGAUGAUGAUGAUGAAUAAGUUCAUGCAUCUCAUGAAAGCCUUGGCCAGAGGUCAUUGUUCUGUAUCAUCAGCUUCUUCACAGCUCCUCACCUGUGGUUGUCACCUGUCCUGUCCCAUCUGUCACCUCCAUCCUCGUGUGAAAGUCAAAGCCAUCCAUUAUCAGCUGAAAGAAUCGCCGUCUCACCUGUCUCAUCAGAGCAGCUCCCCCUAGUGGUCAGCCUGCUCUCCUGCCUAAUGUGACUUAACCAACUAAUUCUAGAGUUUACAUGUCCAUGUCUGUGGUGUUUCGUAGCUUAAAAUCAUUGAAUUUUAACUUAUUUAUUUAUCAGGGACAGAGCAUAUGCCAUGCAUCGUACCACAGUUAGCCACAGUGCCAGAGUAGCUCAGUCACACCCGUUAU